AGAGAAUUCAGAUUUCAGAGGAAGGCUUUCAGCGCUCCCAUUCGACAUUCUUGUUCUGUUGUUCUUCGACAUCUCUCUCUCUCUCUCUCUCUCUCUCAGUUUCUUAAGAUGUCUUGGCUUUCAAUUCCACUCCCAAAUCCGUUCAAAUCGCAGGAAUCCGAUGAAGAGAAUUCACCAGGGAAAGAAGAGGAGGAUUCAGAAGAAGAGAGCUCCUCUAAUGUAGGAGUGAAGGAAGACUUAUCAGAGCUCGGAAAAACCAUUGGCCGGCAGCUCUGGGGGAUGGCGUCCUUCCUCGCUCAUCCGCCAGUUUCUGCUUCCUCCUCUGACGCUGUCGAUUCUUCGAGUUCUUCUCCUUCUCCUUCUUCCCAGGCGUUUGUUGGUAUUCGGAAUGAUUUUGCAGAGAUACGUGGUAGCUUCAAGUCGGGUCUUUCUCUAUUGUCUAACAAUAUGGCUGUUAGUGAGAUUUCGAGGUUGGCCUCGAACCUAUUACAGUUCCAGGAAGAAGAUGAGGAGGAGGAGGGAGAUGGAGAUGACUCUUCUGGGAAGAAUCAUGGUGGCGGUGAUGGCAUUGCUGGGGUUACGGAUGAGGUUUCGGUAUUCGUUCAGGAGAUGUCAAUGCGACCGGAAUUCUGGCUUGAUUUCCCAAUGAUAAUGGAUGAUGAUUUUGAUAUGUCCGAUGCUCAGAGAGAACAUGCUUCUGCUGUUGAAUGCUUUAUUCCAAGUUUAGCAGCUCUUAGAGUUAGGCUUUGCCCAAGUAAUAUGAAUGAGGGACAAUUUUGGAUGAUAUAUUUCAUUAUGUUGUAUCCAAAGAUGAAUGAGAAUGAGCGCAAGCUUCUAUUAACACCCCAGAUUGUGGAAGCCAGAGAUAGACUACUGCAGGAGCUUCAAAUGAGGAAGAAUAAACAACUGGAGUGCCCUAAGACUGAUGAUUCUCCCUCUCUAGAGGUGAGCAACAGUACUGGUCAUAACAUCCAAGAAGGGAACAGCUCAGUUCAGGAAAAGGAUGUUUUGUCUGCGACUGUAAAUGCAGAUCACCAGGUAGACAUUGAUGAACAGGAGAAUAUCGAGAAAUGGUUAGAGGAAGAAAGUAAUGGGACAGAUACUUGCUUUGAUGCCAAAAAACAUCUUGGAAAUGAGGAAGAUGUCUCCUUCAGUGAUUUAGAAGAUGAUGAUGACAAUGAUGCUUUUAGAAGAGAACAGCACUCAAAUUCAGCAGCAGAGGUUGUUGGAGCUUCUUCAACAAAUGAAUCAAAUGAAUGGGUUCAACUGAAUGAAAGUUCUGAUACUCGAGGUGGCAAGAAAAACUCAGUCCAAUCACCUUUGCAGGAGAAAGAUUCAGAGGGUGAGUCAAGUGACUGGCUUACUGUUGAUGAUUUUGAUUGAGGCAUUUCAAUAACUGCUUGAGGCCAAAUUCAUGUAAAGUUCUAUGCCAAUUAUCUUUACCUUUUGUCUUUCAUCCUAUAAAAUAAGCUUUAUUAUUUAAAUUAGUAAUCAUUAUGGAUAAACUCACAUUGUCAAUUACCUAUUGUUACUGUGAUGUGUUACACCAUUGUUUAUCUCAUACCACAUCUGUUUAUUCUGUGUAUACUUUGUUC